AUGCGGCCAAAUAGUUCUUUGGCGCUUCUCAACGCCAUCUAUUCAUUUACUCUAGCGGCUGCAGGCAGCCUGCCCCGAGGAGUCAGCCCCGAAUUUGCCUCGCACUACCAGAACAAAGACCAAUUCACAUGCAUCACCAACGCCGCCAUCAAGCUAAGCCUCAGCCAAGUCAACGACGGCACCUGCGACUGCCCCGACGGCUCUGACGAACCUGGAACCGCCGCCUGUGCCUCCAUCGACCCUCUCUCCCCCGAACAACCCCUCCCCGGCUCGGCCUCGAGCACGACCAACACAUCCAACGUCCUGCCGGGGUUCUGGUGCGAGAACAAGGGCCACAUCGGCAGCUACGUGCCCUUCUCGUACGUCAACGACGGCGUGUGCGACUACGACCUCUGCUGCGACGGUACCGAGGAGUUCGGCCACAAGGGGGGCGUCAAGUGUGCCAACAAAUGCUCCCAGAUCGGCAAGGAGCACCGCCGCCUGGCGGCCGAGAAGCGUGCCAAAAUGGAGCGGGCGGACAAGAAGCGGCAGACGAUGCUUUCAGAGGCUCAGGAGCUGCGACGGCGGAUUGAGUCACAGGUUGAAGGUCUGAGAGGAGACGUCGCAGCGCUCGAGGCUCGAAAGGAGGAGCUGGUCCGCAAGCAUCAGGAGGUCGAGACUGAGGAGAAGUCCAAGGUCGUUCGUGGCGAGAAGACAGGGUCUGGUGGCAAGCUUGGAGUGCUGGUUGGCGUGGCCAAAGCACGGGUGGAGGAGCUCCGAGACACGCUUGACAAGGUAGUCGGUCAACGGGACGACCUGCGAAUCAAGGUGGAGGAGCUAGAGACGAUCCUGCGCAAGUUCAAGGAAGAGUAUAACCCCAACUUCAACGACGAGGGUGUCAAAGCUGCUGUCAAGGCGUUUGAGGACUAUGCCGCAAGGGAAUCGGCCGCCGGUAGUGAGGAUAUUACUGAGGAGGAUAUCGACAGUGUUCUCGCAGAGGACACUGAGACGAAUGGUGUCAACUGGAAGGAAUUCGAGGAGCUGAAGCAAGUGGGCGAUACUGACAUUCUGUACAAUAUCGAAGCCUACCUACCACCCUUCCUCCGUUCGUUCAUCCAGUCGAAGCUCGAGGGUCUCCGAGUCUGGCUCAUCCAAAACGGCAUGCUGGCAGACAACCACGAGCCAGGAACCGAAUCAGCACUCGUCAAAGCAGCGCGAGAAGCUGUAGAAGCCGCCGAGAGAGACCUCAACAACAAGAGGAAAGAUCUUGAGAGGGAAGAGGGGGACCUCAGCAAAGAGUACGGGCCGUCAGACAUCUUCCGGGCCCUCAAGGACAAGUGCGUCAGCGUCGAUUCAGGCGAGUACACCUACGAGCUCUGCUGGCUGUCCAAGACGUCACAAAAGUCGAAGAAGGGUCACGGCCACACUGGGAUGGGUAACUUCAACCGCAUCGACUGGGAGGAGGCGGACGAUGAGGAGCGCCUGGACGGGCGAAGCCUCGGCAAAGGUAAGCGGAUGGUUCUCAGGUACGAUGAUGGACAGCAGUGCUGGAACGGACCCAAGCGAAGGACGGAUGUCUGGCUUGCUUGUGCCGAGACGGAGGAGCUGUGGCGAGUAAGUGAGUCGGAGAAGUGCGUCUACAAGAUGGAGGUCGGCACCCCAGCCGCAUGCGAGCCGGCAGAGAAGAAGGAGCCUUCUGGCAAGGAUGAGCUUUGA